CAGGACUUAAGAUUCGCUUAUUAUAUGUCUGAGAUCUCGCUGCACCGCGGACCGUUACCAACAGACAGAGUGCCCUAAAAAGGAUCAAUUAAAUUUUAAUUUAGUUAUCACAUUAUUAACCUAGAAAAUGGUUCAAUGGAUUGCUAUACUAGUGGCAUUGGUCUGUUCGAGCGGACCAUCGUUCAGCCGAAGUUGGGUCGGAUUUGAUGACGACGAUGGCGGGUCGUGGGAAGCAGACCCCGACCAUGAAGGGCCAAGUUCCAAAUUUAAAUAUUAUGGCCGACCUGCAUCAGAGGAAAGCUAUGAAGAUUAUAACGAAUCAGGAUAUGAUAAUGGAUAUGGACAUGAUGCCCAUACUUGGAACAAUCAAGCAUAUCACAAUGAUCGAAAUGAUCAUGCAUUUGAUUAUGAUCAUAAUCAUGAUAAUCAUCAUCAAUAUCAUGGCGACCACAGUUAUAAAGACCACUGGGGUCCUCACGGACACAAUAGUGAAUCUGGAUUUUCGGGACAAUCCGGCCAAUAUGGAGCAUCACACGGGCAUUCAGACGGAACUCAUGCUUAUCCCAGCAAACAUUGGGGACCUCAUGGACAACAUAGUGCAACCGGAUCUUAUGGUCAACAUUGGGGACUUCACGGACAUCCUAGUCAACCCGGAUCUGUUCAAAAUAGCCAAAACAGCGGACCUUCUCGGGAUUUACCUCAAAACAAUUUAAUCCCACCUCAACGUUCUUCGAACGACGCUGACCGCGUGGUGUUUCCGGAUUUUAACAACCAAGGUCCUACAACUAGGUCCCCACCAACAACCCGACCUGUUACACCCAGUACGAGUACCGCUCGGCCCACCACGACAGACAGGACGCUGCUCGACCUAGUCAUCUGCAUACGCGCCUGUCCGACCACGUCGGAGUACAACCCCGUCUGCGGCACCAACAACGUGACCUACAACAAUCCUGGAGCCUUGCAUUGUGCUAGUAACUGUGGGCUCAAUGUGGGAAUAGCCCGCCAGGCGCCGUGCCCGCGUGCUGUCCCCCAGAUCCCACAACCUACCAGCACAGCCAGGCCCAUCACCAAUCCAACCACCAGAGCCACAGUUACUCGGCAAACAACAAGGGCCACCCCCAUUACUAGACCAACCACAGUGAGACCCACAGCAGUACCUACUGUGAACCCUACACGAUUGACCAACAUUGAUGUUAACUCCAAUAGACCUGGUCCAACUUUAAUACCCCUUGAUAUCUUACAGAGUGUUUUCGGUAACGCCUUGCCGACUACCAGUAAUAACGAAGAAUUUGAAUUCGAUAUUGAUAAGCGAAUUUACCCCUAGAUUAUAUAAUUAAAUUAUGCUUUAAAUUAAUAAAUUAAUUAAUGCCUAA